AUGUCGGGGUGGUUGAGUGCGAAGAUAAAUGCGUUGGGAGAGAAGGUGAUGGAUUCAGUGUUGGAUGCGGUGACGAACAAUCAGGAAGUUCACUUCAGAAAUCUACAGCACAUGCAACAAUGGUCUGUCUCCCGUCUUGUUAAUCGAGUGGUCAAUGCGAAGUACUUUUACAGACAGGCCAAUGUGGCUCCUUGUUUGGCCUUCGACGAGAUAUUUCCGCCGCCACCACCGCUCUCUGCUGCUGCUGCUGCAGCUGUCGCAGCAGCUGCCGCUGCUGCCGACAGGGACAUGCAGAGACGCCCUGCGCCAGGCAACAAACUGCAAAAUACGCCGAGAGCCAUAAGCUCCAGCAGCAGAGGCGGUAGUAGCAAGGUUCCCAGCGGCUGCAACACUGAGGAGAACAUCGUCGUUCAAGGAUUGCCAUCACAGGCCGGCCAUCCCCAUCCGCAGCAGCAGCAGCGUCAGGGCUCACUGCUGCCACCCUUCAUUCCUCGCGAUGGAGUCGGCAGGCUCUUCAUCCGAGUUCCGGGUGCCUGUUUGCUGCUCUUCAGUGCAGAGGGAGUUCGAAGCAGCCCGUUGCUGCUGCAACGGGAGAAGCACCAGCAGCAGCUAACCUGGAUGUUGCGUGCGCUGGUGGAGAACCAGCAGCAACAGAGUCGUACAGUACGUCUUAGCAGCAGCAGCAACAACAGCAGCGACUGUGUAAAUGAAUUACCGUUUGACGCUUCCUUCGAGUUUCCCGUUAGGGAUCUGUGGACCGACAUUUCACUUGAAGUCAUUUGCAUUCGACCUUGCAGACAAAUCAUACUGAAGGCACACAGAGAAGCUGGUGUUGCUGCCACCCCUGCAAACAGCAGUGGCAACAGCAGCAGCGCGAAUGCGCCACUUGAAGACGUUUCAGGGCUGUCUGCGGCUGCUGCAGCAGGCCGACUGCCCCCGCAACAGCAAGAAAUGCUGCUGCAGCAACUGCAGCAACACGUUAACAGUCAGGCUGACGACUCCAACUUUGGGCCCAUACGCCAACAAGAGCAACAGCAACAGCAGGGGUUGUCUGUAGCUUCAACGGAUCUUGCACCUUCCGACGCAUUCCCAAGUUUGGAUGAGAGGCAACUGUAUGGCCGCGUCAUUAUACCCUUGUCCUCUUUUCUUCGCGCUGUAGCUCCAGUGCAGAAACAAGGAGAGCGACAGCAACAGAGGCGGUGCUGGGCGACAGGUUCUGGAUGGGUUAGUGAGGGGGAGUUUUGGGCUCACCUAUAUCCCGACAACAAGAAGCAGCAAGAGAGAAAGUAUCUGAGGCCAGUUCGAGGUUUCGAAGACUACGGCAUGAAGAAUCCGGUCUCCUCUCUGGGUUUUUUGCGCAUGCAAAUUCGUUUCGAAUGGCUUCGGCCUCCUUAUGCAGCUUCUCUUCUGUCAAUUUGUUUACCACCCUCUUCUAUCUGGGUUGUGCCGUCUUCUCCAGAGCCGCAUUAUGUCCAAACAUUCGGUAUCCGAUGUAGAAAUUGGAGCAUCUCAGAGCCUAGAUGGAUCACCAAGUUCAUCAAGCUUGGGUCGCCUUCACACCUGCGGAGCUCCCUUUCGGAUUGGAUAUUUGUUGGAUUUUUUUGGUUGUUUUUGUUCAUUUCGAUUGUUCUUGCCAGACCUCAAGACAUCCCUUGUACUGUCGCCUUGUGUAUUUCUGUAGUUUCCCUGUCUUACAAAUACUUAGACACGCAAAAAGACAGCACAUCACCAUGCUACAGCAGCUCUCUGUUGCCAAGUAGUAGUUGCAAUAACAAAGGGGGAGGUGGCAUGGGAUUUUCUGAUGAGCAUUUGCUCAAAAACGAGAGGGCCAUACCUUUACCUGUACUGCAGUGCAGCACGCGAUCGCUUCCAUCCCCUGCCCACUUCACGCAUACGGCAGUGGCAUCUGCUGGACCUGCAGUUACCACUUCUGGGAACGUUGCAGCACCAGAGUUUUCUACUUCGGCAAUUGCGCCAGCCCAGUACGCAGACGGAAUGGCAUCGAAAGGAAAAAGUACUGAGUGUCCUGCGGGCCUGAGAAGCCACGCUGUUUGGCAGGUGCCACAGCAUCAGCAUCAGCAAAUGCAAAUGGCAGGCAAGGACGCAUUCUGCUCCGCUACUGCAUCUGAACAGGAAGUCACUAGCGGCAUCUCAUUAGGACACCUGGAGCGGCUUCAGCGUGCGGACUCGUUCUCGCAAGAACCAGUCAUUAAGCGUUCGUCUAAUCAGGGUCUGUGGCCCCUGCUGUCACUGGGUACUGAAGACGGAGAAUCUGGGACAGCCCCAACGGAAGCAGCGGCAGGAACGCCUUCAGCAACAGGAACAGCAGCAUCGUGUUCAGCACCAGGAGCAGUAGGCACUGGCGAAGAGACUGAAAAAGAGGGAGCCUCUAUUGUGCAUAGCCCCUUCGGCAAAAUUCGUGUGUCCGUACACUCCAGACCCAAUGGAGGGGAGGAGUGGCCCAUAUUUGCAGAUGAUGAAGCAGAGCCUCUACUAGCGCAGCAGCUUCAUUACCUCGUCGAGCUAUCAACGGUACUACAGCUUUUCUUUGGGUAUACAGCUCAAUUUUUGGACAAACUGAAGUAUGCAUUUAACUGGGAAGAUCCUUUGUUGACAUUUGGGUCUGUUGUUUUACUGCUGCUGCAUGGGUUUCUCUUCUCACUGCUACUGCAGCUACUUUCCUUUCUGCCGUUUCACUACUGGAGGCUGUUUGCAUUCUGCUGCCUUCUCUUUGGGGCAACGAAUUUUACUGCCGCAGCAAAGUCUGUUGUCAGCUUUGAGCUGAGCAAGUUGGAGGCGAGACGGAAUGAACGGCUAGCUGCUGCAGAAUCUCCUGCUGCAGCCGGAGCAGCAGCAGCCGGAGCAACAGCUUUCCCCUCAAUGCAGAAACCAGUAGGAACAGAAGCCCAUAGUGAUUCUGCUAAUACUUCGACAGGAGACCGCUCCAGCGCCUGCAGGAGCGCGUAUCCACAGAAACAAGGAUUCUGGCUAGCGGGCAUCCUGAGGCAGAGGCGGAGCAGCAGCAGCAGCAGCAGCAACACAACUGGAACGAAGACGAUGGAUCAGGCACCAGCAGCAGUACCGUCAGCAAGAGCAGCCGGGGGUGCAUCAAGCGCCUCCGAUCUGGGGCACAGCAGUGGUGGAGACAUAGCAGGUGACGAGGUGCUGUUGUUCCCUGCUACAGGAGGCAGUGGCAGCCUCGGUAGCCGCCUGCGGCAAUUACUUUUGCGCGGGUGCAUGCUGGUACUGGCUGUGUGCCUGAGCGCAUUCAGGGUAGUACUGGGUUUGCUUGACACUUACAUAACAGGCCGCAUUAUUUGUGCUGCCGAGUCUGCUGUUGUUUCGUAUUUCGCGAUCAUUGCUUUCUGGUGGCUACAUCUGCCAGAGCAGCGGGAGAUGGAGCACCGGCAGAUUGCUGUCUCGCAGCUGUUGCCAUCCCUUUCUGUACUGAUACCACCAGAGGAUCGCGAAGCGGCAGCAUUGCGCCCGCAGCAGCAGCAGCAUCAGCAGCAUACAACAGCAGCAACACCGGGAGCACGCCCCCAACCCGCUGAAGAAGGGAUGACGCCAUCUGCUGGUGUCGCUGAUGUCAAGCCCCAUGGGUUGUACCCGCGAGAUGUAUAUACAUUUCUGCGGCGGUACUGCCGCAGCAGGUGGCAGCGAGAAAACCCAGUGACUGCUCAGCUGUACGCGGCAGCCCCAUAUUUGAUGCCGCGCAGCAGGAGCAGCAGCCUAGGCUUGGAUGAGUCUCCGUCGCAGCAGCAGCAGACGAAACGGGAAACAACGUCAUUUUCUUCUCUCUCUGCAGAACUGAGCAAGGCAGCAUCGUCCUCUUGGGGUUUUACGGCUGGUGACGCCGAUUUGCAGCAGGCCGAGCAACAACAGCAGCAGCAGCAAGCGGGAUCAAAUUCGCCACACGGGCUCGGACGGUGUGGCAGCGCGGGGACAGUGGAGGGAGGUACUGGCUUAGAGUUCUCGCAGCCGUUGGAUAAGGGUCUGUCUGCUUCUGCUUCGCUGACGCACCUGACGGCACAGGGAGAAAUCGACAGGCUUUUGUGUCACCCCGAGUUUCUCGCCUGGCAGCGGUGUCUCUUUGAAAGAGGCCAACAGCCUGCUUCAGAUGAGAUGAGCGAAGAAGACCAUCAGCACUUGCAGCGCUUGUCGAUGCAACGGCAGCCUCAACAGCAAGACAGUGAGACGGCACGGAGCGGGCAGCCCAAAAGGGCCCAGCAGCAGCAGCAGCAGCAAGUGACGCCUGAUCAGCAAGGGACCCAGCAGGAAGCGGCAGGACCGUUUGGAGGUCUCGGAUUCCCUGGCCUGAAGGCCUUCUUUGGACAUAAGAGCAAGAACUCGGAUCAGCAGGCCUGCAAGAAGAGCGGCAAUGAAGGAGGUAACAGCAGCAGUAGCGCUUGUGUGGAGCGGGAUAUGAAACAGCUCGAUUCUGGUGCUGCAGAGAAAGAAGGCCAACGGCGCCUGGCUGUAAGGUUCUGCGAUGGCUCCUCUGCCAGUGUGGUGGGGACUUGCGGCGCGCAGCAGCAAGAGAAACAGGACUGUCCUUAUAUUGAAGGUCCUCAAUUCGUCUGUUCAGAAGAGGUAGGGGGCACAACCAGGAGCAGCUGUAGCAGCAACUGGCAAGCAGCAGCUGCCACACCUGCACCGAGCUCGGGCAGCGCUGGAAUGCCAAGAAGAGAGCUUAAAAAUAAUGCAACGCAGCCUGAAGCAGGACAGCUGCAUUCAUUGCACGGGUCAGCUCAUCCCGAGGAGUUGGCUACUUUGCCGUUGGCUCAGCAGCAAGUGCUGCAACAUCCGGGUGAUCGGGCUACCGCUCCGGCCUCACCAAGCAUUAACAGCAGCAGCGGCAAUCCGGCAGCAGCAUUCGCUAUGUCUCCUACUGCAACACCUCAAGGCGAGCCCAUGAGCCAGUCAACGACGACCAGGUCGUCUGUGACCCAGCAGGAGCACGAAGCAGACCCGGCACCUUCGCAGCAGCAGCACCCGAAUGGCAGAGAGAAUGCAGAGGCCACAGACUUGUGGUGCAAAGGCCAGCAGCAUGCACAGAUGGCACUGCAACACCUGCAGAGCGUACAGCAGCAGCUGAUAGCCAUGGAAGAACAACAGACUAUUCUCGCACGGAAAGCAUUGCAGGUGCGGUCUUCGGAAGCCACAGAAACAAACCACGAGCAGCAGCUGGGCGAAACAGACGAACAACAUCAAAGUGGUAAUCAGGUGGAGACUUCUCCUAGUGAUGAGCUGAGCAAGGCGCCGUCGCAGCAGCAACAGCAGCAGCAGCCUCCAUGGUGGGUUCCUGGCCCAUGGAACGAAACAAUUUCGUCUCCGCUUGGUCCUGCGAGAACCAGUAGCUCUCCCCGGCGCCAACAGCAGCCAUCGCAGCAGCAACGACCACAGCUGCAGCAGCGGUACUUUAGCAGCAGCAUUCCGGAUUUGAGUAGCCGCAGUGGAUGGCUUCUGGGUUCAGGGGAGCUCCAGCAGCAGCAGUCAGACCCAACAGGCAUCACUGGUAGGAGCAACAGCUUAGGGUUUUUGACGGAAAAGGACACGUUUUCAGCUGCCAUUGCAUCUAUUGGGAAUUUCGUAGAGAGCUUAGGAUGGAAUCUGAACUCUUCUCCCACGCCAGUUCCUUCUAGGGUACCUCCUUCAGACCCUGCUGCAGCUGCCAGUGCUGCAGGUGAGGAUGUGCCUGCAAGGCCAUCACAAGAUACACCGGCUUCAGAAGCGAACCCGAGUGGAUGA